CGACAUUGUUCCUCUUGAGUCGUCCAAAUUUGUGAAGACAAAAACAGUAGAAGAUUUCGCUAGUAAAGAACACUGGAGUAAUGUCGCCAACAUAAAAGAUAUGUGAGUAAUAGGGACUGUUUAGAUUUGUGUCUUAUCGGGAAUGGCUUCCCUUCCAGUGGAAGACAAAUAUGGCUACGAAGACAGCCGCUUUAAGAAGGCUAUAGAUGAACAUUUUCAUUGUUCUAUAUGCUACAAUGUUCUGAAGGAACCAGUGAUGUGUAGAAACAAUGAACACAUAUUUUGCCGUGGCUGUAUCACUAUACAUUUAACUGAGAACUCGCAUAAAUGCCCAGAAUGUAACGAGAAGUUGACGGUCGAAAUACUUCGUCAAGCCCCACGCCUGGUAAACAAUUAUUUAUCUGAGCUGAGGAUAAACUGUGAUUAUUCCAGUUGAGGUUGUCAUGAGUAUAUUCGUCUUGAAGAGCUUGCUUCUCAUGUGGCGAAUUGCAAUUUUGCUCCAGUGAAGUGUUCGAAUGAGGAAUGCAAAAUGGAAGUUAAUAAGGGAGAGUUAAUUCAUCACGAGAGCACAGUUUGCGAGUACAGGAAAGUCCAGUGUCAUUCUUGUAAAAAGUUAGAACAAGAUGUUAAAGAGAUGAAAGAGAAAUUGGAAGAUAUGGCAGGAAUAAAAGAGGAUGUAGACCAAGUAAAGGCACUGCUGGUCCAGAUGUUUGAGAAAUUAAGCUUCCUUGAAAACAGCAUUCAAAUCUCGUCUGCUAUUAACCACGCGUCGAAUACAUUGAUGGAAGACAUCGUAAUAGCGGGGGGCUAUAACAGUCGUGACAACGUUUUAAAAUCUGUUGAGCGAUUUUCAUGGGAAAAUAGUGUGUGGAAAAGAGUGUCUUCAAUGAACGUUGGUCGUGUAGGAGCAACUUCAUUUGUUUACGAGAAUCAGUUAUUUGUCGCUGGCGGAUGUGAUGUUGAUGUUAUUGAGGUAUUAAAUUUGAAUGAAGAUCAGUUGAGAUGGGAUGAAUCUGUGGCCACAUUGCCUAACCAUUGUGUUCACCUCCGCUCCGUGGUGUAUCAGAACCGUGUAAUAUUUUUCUGCGCAUGCGAUCAGACUGAUAAUACCGUAGAAAUGAGUAUUACUGAAUCUCACAUCUGUAAACAGUUAUGCAGCAUCCCUGAGCCGUCAAGAAAAUGGUACACGGUGGUUGCAUUCGCUGGGGUGAUCAAGCAGUUUUGAUGGGUGGUUGUGGAAAGGAUGGCCAGUCAAAAAGAGUUUUCAUGUACGACUCCAAAACGGGUAACACCACUGAACUGCCACCCAUGUUACAGGAAAGAGUUGGAUGUGCUGCAAUUAUUACUGCAGGCAAUACCAUUGUUGUUAUGGGCGGACGAGGAAGAUCUAACCGUGUUAAGUCUGUUGAAGCUUUCACUUUAGGAGGUUAUUCAUGGAGGAAUCUUCCUGCCAUGAACAACACUAGAAGUGGUGCUACUGCAGCAGUUAUACCAACCAAAAACCUUCAUUGACGUUUUCAUGAACAGUGAUGCAGAGUCAAACCAUAGUCUAUAUAACCAGUCCAACAAGUUGGUCCAGCAUCAUUCUAUAUUGUUGAAUGCAACAUUGUUGGGUCUGUUUGAAAACAAUGUUGAAUCAGGAUUUAUUCGACAUCGUCCAAAAAUGUUGUACGGUGUUGGACUAUGUCCGCGUUCAAAACAAAUUCAUUCACGUAUAGUAUAUCAUUGUACGAUCUUAUACUGAACACGUAUUAAUUAUUGUGCCUCCUAAAUUGUAUUUGACAAUAAAUAUGUAAGUUAGAUUUUAUUUGUAUUACUAAAUUAUAUUUGACAAUAAAUAUCUAAGUAUAAA